AUGCUCCAGACGAGGUGCACGCCGCAGCGAUCCCACCGCGACAGCACAGGGCUGGGCACAGGGUUGGUCAUGUCGACGCUCGUUCGUGGUCUUGUUCCCAAGACGCAGCAGGCUGUUUUCGAGCCGCGUCACCCAAAUGUGGAAGAGCACGCACUUCCGUGCUUCCUUGCGGACAUCUGCAGGCGGCGACACUCUCGAGGAUGGAUGUACUACUGCUGUACAAUACGAUGAACGAGUACGCGUUCAACAACUGAUAUGGAGCAGCUGCUGGCACAUACCCUGGAGCACAAGGACGACUACCAGGCAAGCGGGCAGAAAGGGAGGGAGACGGACAUGCCCUGUUUGUCUCCAGUAACCUUUUUCCGCUUGGGUUUCCCGUUCCUCUACUUUUGUACUACUGCUGUACUUUGUGUUCUUUUCCUGUAUUACUGCUCUAAACAAACUGCUCUGCUGUGUGCUGCUGUGGGGAACUGACACACCUGCUCCGGGUGUGACUCUAUGCAACAUUCGUGCGGGUAUCUUUUUGAACAUCCGCUUCCCGUUGUCACGCUGGCUACAAAUGGCAGCCUCUUCUACCGAGGUUCGACCUUUGUACCACUUGGCAUCAGCAUUGGUCCAUCAGUUGUUUUGUGUCUUUGUUCGUUUACGCUCCUGUAUCUGUGUUGGUUGUUGUUCCUCAUCGAACACGCUGGCUGCUGUUGCAUCGCAUCAUGUUGCAGGAACAGACAACGGCGUUGGCGCGCUGUCGACGAUUCGUUCGCUUUCGCGACUUGGGGCGGAUGUUGCUGAGAGCUUCGUCCUUCGAUGUCACAGUGCUGUNUCUUUGUUCGUUUACGCUCCUGUAUCUGUGUUGGUUGUUGUUCCUCAUCGAACACGCUGGCUGCUGUUGCAUCGCAUCAUGUUGCAGGAACAGACAACGGCGUUGGCGCGCUGUCGACGAUUCGUUCGCUUUCGCGACUUGGGGCGGAUGUUGCUGAGAGCUUCGUCCUUCGAUGUCACAGUGCUGUUUGGCAUUGCGGAGGAGCUGAGCUUCGUGUCCCAUGGCACCAACGACGGACCAUUCUAUGCACACGUGUCUGGCGAAUCUACUGCUGCUGUGCAGCUAUGUGAGUUACCUAUGUAUUGGCGUGGUCACAGCACCAGCAGUAUGGAAGCGUUCGUUUACGGCGAUGUACUGUAAAUUCGAAACAUGCUACUGUUGUACGACAUUUUCUUGUAGCCCACAUUUGAGUCGACAACGUAGGGGUGGAGCUUGCGUGGAACUAGAAUCUAGGGAUGAGCAAACCCUGUCGUAGUUUGUCGGAAGGAUUUUGAAGGAGACAACCAACUUGGGACAACCCCCCUCUUUGUCUCGUUAUCAACGCUUCGGAAAAGUCGUGCAAUUUUCCACGGAACGGUGAAAAGAAAACCCGACUUUUUGUCGCUUGUUCUAUUCGUGAUGUCAUCGCAAUCUAUCCUAGACUCAUUUUUUAUAGAUGGAGAUGGAUUUGUUGUGUGAUAUUAAGAAAGUAUAAAAAAGUUGACUUGGUAUUGCUCACCAUAGAGCAGCGGUACAAGCGCAAUGAGCAGCACCCGACACAGAGGAUCACACACUUACAUUAGAAAGAUCCUAUCCACCGGCCUGCUGCUUUCAGUUUUCAGCAACAACAGGCGCAGGGCAGAGUCUCGCAACCUGGGUGUUGCUUGCGAUUUCUUCAGUUUGCCAGCUCAUAUUUCACGGUUGCGACUCCCACCUUUGACCACCACCUGCCCAAUGGUAGACGAGCUCAACAACCUUUGGGCGGCAGCCGCACUGACGGCCAGCAUCAUAUAGAUGGCCAAUCCGAAAGAAUUAGCGUGUCGGAGGCCCUGUUGCUCUUCUGCUGCGUGGUGCCGUGGAUUGAUGUUGACGUGUCCGACCAAAAACAGAACAUCUCGCCGCAUUUUUUCCAACGGCAUUUUGGUGAUGUGGCACACGUCUCUCACACACCUUAUUGAGCAGCACCCAAGCACCCAAUACCCACGAAGCAGCACGGCGCCGGGAGAUGGUAUCAUAUAGACAGCCGAACCGAAGGAAUCAGCGCGUUGGAGGUCUUGGUGCUACUGCUGUGCUCGUUCUACUGUUUCCGUGUUUGCUAUGUGUGAUUGAAAAAAAUUCCUCAGCACCAACAGCAAGCAGCAGUUGAAGACGAGAGCACAACGUAAUGUCUAGUUUUGGACCAAGAACGGACUGAACGCCGCUUCUGCCGCUUGUCCAUCUCCACAAUAGAUCUGGACGUGAGUCUGGCAGGUCCUUCUAGCGUUCUCAGUGAUAUUAUAGCGCCCGCGGUGCGCUUGUCCGAUGCUACUGUCAAAAACACGGAUCCGUGAAAGAAGCAAUGAACGCAAAAUCCCGGCUCCUUCUUUUCACGUUGUCGGGGAAAAACGCCUACAUAUUUGUUCAAGAAAACGCGCUUCCGUGAAAUGUUCCGUGAUUUUAUGGUCGUUAAUAAUACCCCUUAGCAACGCCGUUUUAGCACUGGUUCUACAGCAGUGAAACAGGUUGACUGAGGUACAGCAGGGCAGAGCUGAACUUGUUUUUCGUGCUCAAUGCUCCGGAAGUGGUCUGUGCGGUUUGCUUUGACCCCUGAGUUAUCUUUCGGGCUGGGUCACAAACCCAAAGUGGUUGAGAAUUCAGUAUCGUCUGCAAGGGCUUCAAUCCUUCCCGUUCGACACCUCACACCACCACCCUAGACCCACCUAUAGCUGAACAGAUAUCGGCUAUUCGGGCGUGUGCCUCCAGAAACCGUCUUUCAAAAAACACGUCAACGAUACCACAGGGUUUCCGUCCGGGAUUCGGUGCAGUACCGAGUAACUUAUGGUACAGGGUAUGAAGUGGGAUGAGGGGUGCUCCCGGAGACGCUAACGGAAGAGAAACAGUAGCAACGAGGCACGCCGUCAUCCCCCCAACCCUCUUCACGCACCCCUUCCCCCAGCUUGUAAACCUCGCCGUGGGGCCUUGUGCGACAAUAGUUUCUCGGAAAUGAAUGUUGACAAUGCACCUGUCGUGCGGGAGGCCCUGGGUUGUGAGUUGGAUACAUGGCGUCAGCUAACAGGAAAACCAACUGCUGUGCUGUUGCCUUGUCCCUGCAAAUUUCGUGAUCUAAUGCCUGAGGCGAACAUCCAGCGAUACGUUACCGACUAAGUAUCAAGAAGACUGGCAUAGACAAGCGAACGGGGUCCGGCGAAGUCGACACGCGCAUGACGAUGACGAUACUGCUGGACGAGCAGCGUGGAUGCCCUCCGGACACAAUUUGGUCCCAACCAGAGGGGGGCUAGGGAAUUAUUUGGUCGGGCGGGCGGGGAAUUUUGCGUGGACGUGGUGCCUCUGUAGAUUUGGAGUCGUGGGCAGGGGAGAGAGGAGCUUUGGCUUGGGCUGUGACGAGGCGACAGCUGCUUGUGUAUGUGCUGUGGGGGGAGGGG